AAUACUAAAUAAUACCCGAAUCCGUUUUAUGAAAUCUGUUUUGAUCGGAGCGAGUAAUGAAUUAGGUAUCGCUACGGUGAUUUCUUGAAUUCGAGAGAGGCAGAGGUACAUGAUGUCAUCAUUUACCGUAAAAUCAUUAGCAUCUUUGAUCAGUAGACUGGGGAACUUCAGAGCCAUAGCAUCAAUAUCAUCCAUGGAAAACCAAACGGAAAACAAGGUUUAUUUUCACUACAACCACACUGAUUCUUGCAGUUCUGCAAGGUGGACUGCUAGAGAGAGCUAUCAGUUCAUGUAUGAGCGACCUUGGCAGGACGUUUGCCGUUUCUAUUCCGAUGUGGUCAAUGGCUGCUUAACCUUAUCAACGUUAUUCGGCACAGGCACUGCCAAUGGCAAUGACAUUCAGACGUGUAGUGAUGUUGUUGACGAUGAUUUUAAAAAAUUAGAGGUUUGUGAUGAAAGAGAAGAAAGGACUGGAAGAUGGAAAAGAGUAACUUUCAAGAUAAUUGUUUCAUACAGUGGAUGUGCAUUUGAUGGAUGGCAGAAGCAGCCUGGUUUGAACACUGCUCAGGAAAUAGUUGAAAGAUCUCUUGGGAGAUUUGUUGAUGACAAGAAAGCACAACUUCUGAAGGAAAAAUCUAAACCACCGGAAGGUUGUGCCUUGGUUGCAGGCCGGACCGACAAAGGAGUGUCUGCUAUUCAGCAAGUUUGUUCUUUCUAUACUUGGAGACAGGAUGUAAAACCUUGUGAUAUUGAAGAUGCAAUCAAUAGUGCGGCACCUGGGAAACUCAGAGUUGUAUCAGUUUCUGAGGUUUCACGUGUAUUCCAUCCCAACUUCUCUGCAAAAUGGAGGCGCUAUUUGUAUAUUUUUCCUUUGAAUGAUCAAGAAAAUGAGAAGCAAUGUUGUGAGAAUGAGAAGGAAGUUGAGAAAUCUAGUUUUGCUGGAAACUAUAUUGAGCCAAGUAACAAGUGUGUUGAGAGCAUUAGUUUGGAAAAUGUUGAGGAUGUAAUUAUCAGCAAUAGUACAGAGUCUGAAGCUGCAUACAAGCCAAGCAGUUUCAGUGUAUGCAGGGUUAAUCAGCUAUUACGGAAACUAGAAGGAAAAUUAUUGUCAUACAGAAUGUUUGCACGUGAUACCAAAGCAUCUAGAAACAUAGGGCCACCAACGGAGUGCUUCAUGUACCAUGCUCGAGCCGCAGAAGCAAGAAUACCUUCUUCAGAUGAUGAGGAAGGGAAAAAGGUUAUGUGUGUUGAGCUGGUUGCAAAUCGAUUCCUACGCAAGAUGGUCCGCGUUCUUGUGGCAACCUCUGUAAGGGAAGCAGCGGCAGGAGCAGAAGAAGAUGCAUUGCUAAAACUGAUGGAGGCUACGUGUAGACGUGCCACGGCACCGCCAGCACCUCCUGAUGGGUUAUGUCUUGUUGAUGUUGGAUAUACUGAUUUCAACCCGCAGAACUGCCUCAUCCCGUAAGCUUUGCCGUCUGAGACAUGUAGCUGUCUUUGUUUUUGGGAAAGCUGGUAGUGGAAAGCCAUUCAUAUUCAUUGAUGAUUCAUGGACAUGAAACUUCAU